GAGCGACGAGUAUUUGUAAGGGGUUCGACGACAGUGGUUAUAGAAGGCGAGCAGCGCGACGCGAAGGUAGUAGUGAAUGACUACUUUGUCGUGUCGCGGCCCUUUACGGAUGUUGCUUCGUUGCUUGAUCUCGUUCCACCUUCCGCCUUCCGCGUUCCGCCUUCCGCCGUGACGACGAUCAAUUAAAUCGACGCGAACGCACACACGAAAAACCUCCCGCGUACUAAAAGUAUUUGUCGACGGUGUCUCGGAAAAAUUCCGAGCUCAUGAAACUAAGCAAUAGUUUGCGACUGGAAAUUAACAAAGUGAAAUAAUGACAAACUGAUCACGUAAGCAUCUGUCGCAAAAAUAAGCCAAUAUAACCAUAACGGUUCGACUCUCAAGAAAUUAUGAUAUUUUGGAGUCGUGGAAGAUUUGUCGCAGACAACUAGAAAUAACAGGUUUCUCCAUAAUACCGUACUUGAGGCGCAGACAGAGAACCUCGAGAUAUAAUCGGAAAAAUAGAACGAGGAUGUGUUAUCCUAAUUAUGUGUGUCGACGUAACGAAAUGCUCGGUGUCGUCGCCGUGACGGCAAUGAAGACGUGACUUUACUGUUCGUUGCUCAGCUGAUCCACAACGAAAUCGUAGUGAAUGAAGAAGAUCCAUAAUGGCUCUAAUAAUGUUACCAUGCGACUUGCCCUGGUGGCCAGCCGUUAUAAAGCAACUGGACAAAGCUGCUACAGCCAGAAAUUCCACUGACCUAAUCAACGUAAUGCAACGAUUGCAUGACAUGUGCAACAUAAGUCUCGAUGAAGAGGACGUGCGGGAUCCCGAUUUGUUCUCCAGGCUAGCGACCUUUCUAGACAAAGACCUCGACCUUGCGGAAAGGGAACAGGUGCUUACGAAGACAAUACCGCGGAUGGUGGAAAGAGCAAAGGCCUUAAAGUCUACCAAACCUCCACAAGGUUUACAUUUUAGUCUGCAACAACAAGGUGACAGCGUCGAGUACAGUUACGCCUUCGUUUCAUCCUUAAUCGCAAAUGCGUUUUUUUCAACAUACCCGAAGAGAACGACAAAAACCCAUCCCACAUUACGCGAUUUUAAUUUUACAAACUUUUUCAGACAUCUUUACAAAAACACACAAAAGGCCAAACUCAAAAGCAUCUUCCAUUACUACAAUUAUCUCGAGACGGAGCACGCACUCGAUGGUCGUUUAAUAAUUUCCAGACAGGUGAUGAUGUCUAAGCAAUGGUUAACUAUCGAGGAUUGGCUAGAGAGUAGUGUACCUUUGUGUCCACUGACGAUACGUCACGAGGGUCGAUUGGAAAGAAUCGAGGCGGGAUCGAAAGCGCUGCAAGUUUGUUUCGCGAAUGCAAGAAUUGGCGGCGGAGUGCUCGAUGACGAUGUCACGCAGGAGGCUGUACAUAUAGCAACACAUCCGGAAAUGCUCGUCGCGAUAUUAUCCGUCGAGGCGUUGGAGGACAAUGAAGUAUUGAUAAUCGAAGGCGUGAGGCAUAUAUCGAGAAUAAAUGAUCCGCGACACAAGGCGGUGUUCGAAGGCAUCUCAAAGCCGAAUGUGGUGACGGUUUGCUGCAUAGAUCCCGAAGAUUACUCGCGGUUGCCGUUAACGCAAUUCGAAGAGGAUAACAUCUUACGAGAGAUGAACAAGUCGCUACUGGGAUUUCGGCAGAGACACGUGCCUAGCAGUCCCACGGAUCCCAUUAAAGCGGAUCUAGAAACGGAGACUGGCCUGAGUUCACGCAGAUUGUCACCAAUUGGCGAGAGCUUUAGUAGCACUCCGCCAGAAAUGGAAAACGAAGACAAUGUUUUCACGGCGUGUGAUAAUUCCAAGAAAGAUAAACCUGCAUCUGCAAGCGAUCGCAAAUUAGAAAACGUAACGGAAGUACGUACUGGACCGAAUGGUAAAUCUGUAAGAUCAUCGAGUCCUCACAAGGUGUGCAACGACGCGAGCUGCACAAACCGAAGAAGCAAAUUCAUUGUACUCGGAUCGAGCGGCGAAGUCCUACCGAUCACGCGUAAAUCACUCGGGCAGAUGUCAGUCUACAGCAGCUGCAAUAGUCAAAGCACAGACAGCUUUCACAGUGCUAAGGAGACGAUCAAUGAGGAACCUGAAGAGGAAGAGCAAAAGGUGAUGAAACGUGAUAGCGCACAAUCAGACAUAUCCGAAAGAAGAGAAACUUUCGCGCAGCGAUUAAAGGACGCUCUGAAACGGGAGAGCACAGCAACCGGGAUGACAUCGGACACAUCUUCCGGCGAGAGCAGUUACGCCGUUGGUAUAAGUAUUAGCGGUAGUCACGUUGGCGAUCAGGACAUCAAGGUAAAAAGAGGAGGUUCAAGGGGUUUCGUUUUGCGAGAUGAAACGGUGGACGAAGAAUUCCUAAAGGAGUCGUUAGAAGCCGAGCAAAAGUGGCUAGGCAGAUUUCGACAGAGUCAGGGACCGAUGUUUCAACGGAAGGACACCAGCGCGAGUAGCAAGUAUAGCUUUAGCACCGAAUACAAUUCCGAUUUCUGUUCCGAGCUGGAGGAAGUCUACGAGCAAUUGUCAAAGUGGCUGGAAGAUCCAAUAGUGGCGGAUGAAAACCGGGAACUUGAUCCGAGGGAUCGUGCAGUCGUGCGAUUCGCCGGUUCGCUCUUGAAACGCGCUUUGAGCGAGUCUUUCGCUGGUGUGUCCGUCCAGGAAGGUGAACCACAGCCCUUUAUUGACACAAACGAUAUUAAUCACCGGCACAAGCUAGCUCUAGCCGUGAGAAGUCUCAGCUUGGAGCUCGCUCGCCAGAAAACUCGAAGACAGCAAUCGUUGCCGCACGAGAACAGCCCUCAAGGAGGAGGAUUGUUACCGGUGGCUACUGGUAACUGGGGAUGUGGAACCAGACUGAAAGGCGAUCCUCAAUUAAAGCUCGUGAUUCAAUGGCUUGCUUCUUCCUUGGCCGGCGUACCGAGGCUAAUCUAUUAUACAUCUGGCAAUCCCAGCUUAUCAAAGUUGGACACUGUGAGCAGAGUUCUGAUUGAUAGACGUUGGUCAGUUGGUGAUUUGGCCGCUGCGACGUUGAAAUACGCUGUACAAAUUAUUGAGGAACAGGUGGAGGGCAAGAAUAGCCUGUUCGAGGAAAUUAUCGGUAUGGACAAACCGAGUCCUUAGCCCAAUAUAAUACUGUCUGUCCUGGUAGACGUGCUGGCUACUAUGAUCGAAGACGGCCUAUUGGCAACCUAGUACAUCGAUGCAGCCUUCUACGAGAAGAAUAAAAAGAUCACAGCGGGUAUUUAUUUAUGGUGAAAAUAAUUCAUAUCGAGGAUCUAAUUAUCUAAUCUAAUUAUUUAUAAAUAACAGGUUCAUAGAUAAUUGAGAUGUGUUAUUCGAAUUUUAUUUCGGGGGAAAAAAACAAUCGAGCCAUUUCCGUUUCCUUUUUUUUUAAUCAUCCUAAACUCACAUCUAGCAUAUCAAAAUAAUAUCAGGCAAAACCGGCACAAAUUGUACAAAGCAAUAUAUCAAAUAAGGUGAGAUGUAGGCAUUACGAUAUUUUCUAGUUUGUAACGUUUGUCACAUUAUUAAGUCAAAUUGAAUUACUUGCUGCAACGAGAAGCAGCACGUGAGAGUAACAUGAUGACACGUGUCAGGUAUAAAAUUGUUAUAACGUUGUCAUGAGAGAGCGUAGAAUACUCAUUGUAAGUUUAUUUUGCGAUAACGGUCUAGUCAUGUACGUAUGAUAGAUCAAUUCUGAUUUUAUGCAAAACGAAUAAUUGAAUAUGCAGUUACAUGCAAUAAUUAAUGAAGAACAAUAUAUACUAAACUAUAUUUUCUACAAUAAUAUUUAUAAGUAAUUCUAUAUUUCUAUAUUUUUAAGUCUAUAAACAUACAGGGUGUACCAUUUAAAUCGAAGUUAAGAAAGUUCCUAAUAAAGGUUAAACGAUUUAGAAUGAGAUAUGAUUUCAAAAAUUCUUGCUCUAGCUUUCUAUAACUAGAAGCUUAGGAAAAAGAUCAAGAUCAAUCUUUUUUAAUAAUAGAAUUAUAUAUUUUUUAAUUAAUUGGGCGAUGCAGUUCUUCAUUUUAUAUAAAAAAGAUAUUGAAGUGGUUGUGUUAAAAAAUCAUUAGGAGAUAUUUUAAUUUUAUUGUAAAGUAGUAUACAUAUCUCAGAUAUCUCAGAUACAACGAUUCUGAUGACGCUGCCCCAACAUUAAAAUUAUGUCAACUAUUUUGAUUAGAGCGUAACUUGUCAUUUUUAAUAAUCUCGCUAUUCAUUUACGAUAACAAUCGAAAUUGCGAGAUAAGUAAAGCUUAAGCAAUUCAAUACUUGAAAACGUUCUAAUGAUAAUAUUUAUUUACAAACAUGAAUACAAGCAUAAUAGUUAAAUGCGCAUAACUGUAACGAAGAUGAUGAAUAUGAGUACUACUUGCAACGACAAAAUUAAAAUGUUUCUUAAACCAAUGACUUUUCGACAUAAUCACCUGAAUGCUUUUUGAUGAAAGAAAGAAUAAAAAGUUGCAUCAAACGAUACAUUAAAAAAUAUAUAAUUCCCUUUGGAGAAACGAUAUUGCUAUGGUUGUUCAUAUUUUCUAAGCCUUCAUAUCUAUAAAAAGAAGUGCUGAAACACAAAUUAUGUUUUGAAAUCAACUCAACUUUCGUUCGAAACUUUCUUAUGUUAUAAUUACAAAAUAAUUACAAAAUUACUCAUGUAGGGCAAUUUAAAUAGGACACCCUGUGUGUACAUGUAUAUGUAUAUACAGUAUGCAAAUAGAUUUUUAGAGAAAAAAGUUUUUAAUAAUAUUUUAUAAUAAAAUGUUACUAGAGACGUUUUUUAUAUAAGUAUAAAAUUGAUAUAUAUACAUAUGUCGCUUUUCUGUGAAAUCGUAAAUUCGGAUGUAGAAUAGGUGACAUAGCUUAGAAAAAGAAUAUUAUGCUUGAUAAUAUGCAAAUCAAUUAAAAUGAGGUCUUCCAUUGCUGAAAUGAAACAUGUGAAAG